AAGGUAUUCCAAUUAAUCAAGAAGAGGCAAAUAGACGUAGGCCUCCAGCAGCGAUAGAUCAAUCUCAUAAUAAUUUGAAUAUAAAAGAUAUAAAAGGACAUAUUUUGGGACCUGCUGGACCCAAGUCUAAAGUGCAAGCUGAAACUUUUCAAAUAUU